GCAUGGGUGGGUGUGUGUGUGGAAGGGGUAGGGGGAGAGUGGUACCCCCUGCUAGACUGUAUCAAAAUAUAAUCCAAGUAUUCAUUAAAUUAAGCUGGACAUGGUCACUUUCUAUCCAUUUAUGGAUCUGCUUUAAUUAACUUUAGGAAAGACAUUAUUAAAGAAAACCUGGCACAGUUUAGUUAUAAGCAUAUAUUAUAAGUUUUAUUACAAUAUUGCUGCCAAGAAAAAGACCUCUGAUAAGUCAAGUAAAAGACACAGUCUUGGGGCAUUUUACAGGAAAAGAAAAUGAUUAGAUAAUCAUCAUUAAACUAGAUAACAGAAAAGAGAAUUUAGGGAUCAUUGGAUUCUUAACUAAUAGCAGCUUAGUUGAGUGGAUGGUUUCCCAGAGUAUGUCCUAAUUCCAUUAAAGUUUAUUGGAAGCUUGCUUAGGUAUCCCCCAACCCCUACCCCAGGAAUCUUCAGUUCAUCCCAGGAGGGAGUUGUGAGUUACAGUCAUCCAAAAAAAAAAAAAAAUUUAUACCAGGCCAGGUUUAGGACAAUGUUUUUCAUUAUUACAUCUUCUGUAAGUAUAAAUGCAGUCUGAAAUUUUAAAAACAAUUCACACCUUUAAAAUAUAUGUACUUGUUACAAAAUGGCCAUUUUGGAGUGAGUGCAACACUCUUGACACAAGGCACUUUUUUAGGAUGUCCUGUUUACAAGCUGUGGUAAACAAAUGAUGGAUAUCACAAGAGAUCUUUUUCCCCACCUUUUCCCACCUCCUCCAAUCACCAGGGUCCUGAUGUUUGCUGUCAAGAGCUGCUGGCAAAGAACAGAGUUGAGGACUGGCUGCACUUUCCUUUUUCACUGGGAAGAAGACUUUCCUGAAGAGUCUCAGCUUCAUCAAAGUGGAUUUAAGAUUGUGUAUUCACAGCUCCCUCUUGGAAGCCUAGUUUUGGUAAAAUUACAGAAUUGGCCAAGUUGGCCAGGGAUACUUUGCCCUGAUCCUUUUAAAGAGAAAUAUGUGUCCUAUGACCUGGAUGGAGAUGUUGAACAAUAUCACAUAGAAUUCCUGGGUGAUCCCCAUUCAAGAUCAUGGAUAAAUGCAACAUUUGUUGGACAUUAUAGUAUCACAUUAAAGCCAGGAAACUGUAAGAAUAAAAAGAAGUGGUAUAAAAGUGCACUACAAGAAGCAUACCUCCUCUAUGGAUAUUCUCGUGAGCAAAGACUAGAAAUGUGCUACUUAUCAAAACAGGACAAAUCCAAAGCAGAUGGCAAAGUUGCAGUGGUGGCCAAGAAAAGGAUGCAAGUUUCUAAAAAUAAUGCUGGAAAGAAAAAGCCCAAAUUUAGAAAAAGGAAAAGGAAAACUAUUUUAAAAUCCUCUUUUGAAAAUGUUUGUUCAGACGAUGCCUUAUCAAAGGAAAAUAUGGUUGUCUCUGAGACAGAAAUUUUGCUAAAAGAGCUGGAGCAGAUGCUACAGCAAGCACUAGAGCCCAUGGCAACCCCCGAUGAGUCUGAAGAGGAGCAUGGAGAGGCUGCACAUACAGGAGAAAAGUUAUCUAAAUGCAGCCCUGAAGCUCCUGUGGGCAGUUCACUUGAAAACCACUAUGAAGAAGAUUAUCUUGUAAUUGAUGGGCUAAAAUUAAAAGCUGAAGAAUGCAUUGAAAAUAUAACUAACAAGUUUAAAGAAAUAGAUGCUUUGAUGUCUGAAUUUUAGGUUAUGGGUAUUUUCAAAAGUUAAUGAUAAAAACGUUUAUAUUUUUAUGUUUUCCCAGUCAGAACUUAGAAAUGUUUAGUGAAAUAGUUACAUGUUAUAUCAAAGUUGAUAUUUGUGAUAACUUUCUACUUUAUAUAUUAAGAAAAUCCAUUAUUUUGAGAGUCAAUCAAAUGGUAUUUAAUUUAGUGUUAUAUGUUUAGAAUUUAAGAAACCCUGGUAUUUGUAUUUGUAGAUUUUUUUUUCUUGUUUGCCUUAAUUUUAAAAUGGUUUAUGAAGCCUACUGCAAAAACACAUGCUUUACAAUGAUUAUUUAGACUUUUUAUUCAGAUGUGGCUAAGUGUUGAAAUGACUGCUAAUGCUACUAUAAUUCUUACAGA